UCGAGGGGGUUCCGGGGACGUUUUUUUUUUUAGAUGCUCUUCCUCUUGUUUCAUCAAAGUUCUCAUCAACACUUUCUCUCAGCAGCAGAGGAGAUGUGAUCUGAAGUGUAGUUGAAAACAGGCUUUCCUUUGGUCUCUGCUACAUCAGAGGUAUGAAUCGAGGCGUCUGUGAAACAGGAAACUAUCUAUGACAGAAACAUCAGACGGAGUCCGGACGCAACGCUCAGUCAUUUUGCAAACACACCACCUCAGUUAAUAAGAAAUGAACGGACGGUGUUUCUUCAUCUGCUCAGGGCUGCGACCAUGGAGACGUCCUCUGACGAAGAGGAGAUGCGCACCUUCGUCCAAGUGCUCAGCGAGAAAUACAACCCGGAGAAUUUCCCCUACGGCCAAGGAGUAAUGGUCAUGCCCAGUCUGCCAGGAUCCCCUGUGAAAGAUCGCCUCUUCUUGCCCUGCUCACUUGUUCUGAGUGACUCAGGGAUCAAUAAGGCCGGUGACCGGUCCGACAUCGCAGCUUUCUGUGCCCAUGUGGCGGAGCUGGACCUGUCCCAAAACCAUCUGAACGACUGGGCAGAGAUCUGCGGCAUAGUUUCCAACAUCCCCCACCUGGACUUCCUCAACCUGAGCAUGAACCCUCUGAGCGGCAUAGAGCUGGAGCCCAGCAUGGCGGAAGUGUUCUCCAGGGUCCGACAACUCGUGCUCAUCAACACACACAUCAGCUGGGACACCGUGCACACACUCACCAAACACACACCCAAGCUGGAGGAGCUUUUCCUGUGCCUGAACGGCUACAACACCGUGUCAGAAUCCCCCACGUCCUGUCCGUCACUGCGCCUGCUGCAGAUUACAGACAACCAGCUGCAGGAAUGGGCAGAAGUGAGGAAGUUUGGGCAGAUCUACCCGAGUCUGAUCACGCUGGUUCUGGCCAAUAACAGCGUGGACUCUGUGGGUGACACUCCGGAAACACUGCCGCAGCUCUUCCCCAACCUGCGCAGCAUCAACCUCAACAACUCAGGCCUGAGCAAAUGGGCGGACAUUGAGAGGCUGAAUUUCUUCCCGAAGCUGAAGGAAGUCAAACUAAAGGGGAUUCCUUUACUGCAGACUUACAGCAACCACGAGAGAUGCAGCCUCCUUUUAGCGCAGCUGCCCUCUGUCGUGUUGCUGAACGGGAGUACGGUGUCUGAAGGAGAGAGAGAGGAUGCUGAGAGGUUCUUCAUCCGGUACUACCAGGACAUCCCUGAACUGGACCUUCCUGAGAGGUACCACGUCCUUGUGUCCAAGUAUGGUAAAUUGGCCCCGCUGGUGGAGGUGGACCUGAGCCCCCGCAGCACCAUGGUGGACGUUCGCUGGGGGGACAAGGUGGAGGCCAUCAGCCUCCGUCUGGAGCAGACGGUGUGCGACCUGAGGAAACACCUUCGAGCUCUGCUGCAGCUGCCCACCAGCGGGAUCAGGCUCUUCUACAUCAACCGGGAGAUGUGUUCGGCGUUUGGACCCGAGGAGCUGAAGUGCGGCAGCCGGGCCCUCCAUUCCUACAGGAUCCAAGAUGGCGAUGAGAUUCUAGUCGUUCCCAAAGUCAAAAGCCGCUGCAGCUCCUCAGAUCAUUAAGUCGGGAGGCGCUCUGCUUUUCGGAUGAACGGGACUUUGGGAGCGUUGGAUGAAAACCUACUGGAAACUCAGCUUUGACUUCUCUUAGAUUAAAAGAAAAGGAGAUGUUUGUCAGCCUUGAAUGUAAAGAUGUUGGCUGUCCACCAUAUUGAACACAUCUAUACAAUAGUGUAUUUGCACAUAGGAGCUCACAAAGCUUGUAUCUUUGGACGCUCGUCUGUGCUCUUGUUGCUUAAGGAAACACUGCAACACAAAUAAAUAAUGCAAAUGAGCAGAUAGUCGAGACAGAUUUAAUGCACAAAUUGCACAUUUGUCUAAAAACUAAACGAUUCUAUAAUUGGAGUGUUUAUCUAAUUAAGAUUAUUAGGUUUAAAAAUGUCAACAUUGCUUGCGCCGUGCAUGGGACUCAUUAGUAGUUACUUGAGUAUUAAAAUAGUUUUUAAUUAGUUGGAAAAGUGAUACAAAAGUUUAGAUGGAAAUUGGAUUUUGAAAAUAGCAGCGGCUGUAUUCAGCAGCUCUUUCAUGUUUUCUCUUUGGCCUGAUUACUGCAAGCUGUGAACAGUGCAGCUGUUACACAGUUCAUCAGCUACUCCUUUAAAGGCAAAGCAAUAGCAAACAAUGAACCUUAAUCCUGCAGCAGUGAUUGCAGCCAAGCUGACCUGAACAGACUCAGAGUCUUCACAUGAUGCAUUGCUGCGUGUCUCCAAGGGUACAGUCUACAUUUGUAUUACAAAUAACUAUUAUGUUAGUUAAUAAUAAUAAUGAUGAACGCUUUAAUCACACUUUCAUGACGGACUCAAAGAGGCUUCAUUUCUUCUAACCUUUAUAGAAGUAGAUUUGCAGGAGCAUGAGUGUGUGCUGCUUCCCGUUACUCAGAUGACUCUUUCCCCCGUGACUCUCCAUAGCAGUGAAAUACCCCGGGAUGACAGUGUGUUGGAGAUAACACGCAGCACAUGGCUGCCGCUCAGUCAGGACGUCCUGGCAGAAAGACGAGACAAGUCUGAGGUGAGCUCGGGUCUGGGACGGAGAAGAGAAGGAGCGCUGAUGCUCAAGUUACUGCAGGUCUUCUGGCUGAAUGGAGCAGCUCUCUCUCCCUGCAGAGGCAGCGGAGAAACGCUGAGGCCCGGUCUGUAGGGUAACCACACACCAGCCGCUGUGUCACGGACACUUCCGCUGCGUUUAGGUUAGAACGGGUUCACCCAACAGGCUCUCGCCCGUCACCCGGUCACCUCAAUCUCUCCAUUAUAUCCGCUUUACAAACCUGACACUUCCAGCGUCGGCUGUUUCACAGGACGUGGGGUCGUGAACUUCUCUCGGCUCACAUUGGCAUCAAUUGUUUUCAAUCAAAGAAUAGAUAGAAAACCACAUUUCCCACCUGCUGGUCAUUAACAGGCUUUUCCACUACAGGGAUGUAACGGCCCAUAACGGGAUUUUAAGAACCAUGUGAGGUUCAGGUUCCAGGACUUUCCUCGUUUCCUUCGGCCAGACAGUGAAAAACCUUCUGGUCCAUCUUUACUCUAACCCCUGACCGCCUUCCUUUCCUUUAGCUGUUCCAGCCUACCUGACUCUGAAUAGCUCUCACCACGUGUACUGCAGUGUAAAUUGGGCCCAAUGUUCAGUGUGUUUGUUGAUGAGAAGAUGAUGAAAACGUGUUCUACAAGUCAGGAAGGUCUUUCACACGCCAUUUCUUUUAAAUAUUGGAGUGCAGAGGAGUUUGUUUGAAUUUGCGUGAGCUGCCAGGAUAAAAAAAGUUUCUCUUGAACACAUUUCUACCCAUUAUAAGUGAAGUUUAGCCGUGUGUGUGUGGUGUGUGUGUCUGUGAGAUCUCUGUCUCGACUCUCAUGCAUUACACAUUAUUAUGAUUGAGUGCGUACAUAGGAAGAAUUGCGAUUCGAAGUGAUAUUGUGCUAAAUGGAUGGUUAGCAUGUUCUUUAUGUUUGAUUUAAAAUGUGCAGAGGAUGUGUCAUUUCAGGGAUAUUAUGGGAAUUUGUUAUUUUGACACUUUUUGAAUAUGAUCUGUGCUCCCUCACUUUUAUCCUUCAUUAGUACAAAGAUUAUUUACAGGUUUAAGAAUCUGAAAGAUAGUUGCUCCUCUAUAAUACACUUUGCCUUAUGCUGUUUAGUAUUUAGUGUUUAAUUUAUAACGUUUGCUUUCUGUCGUUUCUCAGAUGUGAAUCUUGAUUAUAUUUAAUGGUGAAUUCUUGUUUUCUUUCUUGAUCUUUUUGCCAUUUCUACACCUGUAAUGUGUAACGCUGCUUUCACUUCUCUUUAAGAAAUAAAGGAUCAUAACUUCAGCUUA